GUGGGCGUAGCUGAAGCCACGUGGAGGACUCAGUCAAGAUGUUGUCUUCUCUUGCUCCCAGGUGGCUAAUGGUCAGGAGUGUGCUGUCCCAGAUCCCCUAUAAAUGCUCUACUAUUGCUACUGACACCAUCAAUAAACUAGGGUCUGGGAGUUGCAGCCAUAGCUACAGAAGCCACCUCUGUGGAGAGCUCACUGAGAGCAACCUCGGGGAGACGGUCACGCUCUGUGGGUGGACCAGAAAGAAGAGGUUGCUUGGUGAAGGAAUUGACAUAGCAUUCGUUCCCUUGGGUGACCACUCCGGGACGGUUCAGCUGACAUGUGACUCAGGGAAGUGGGCUAAUCUCAUUGAGUCCCUGCGUACUGAGACAGUCGUCAUGGCAAGGGGUGUGGUCAAAGCUCGUCCUGAGAAAGAUCGUAACUCCUCUAUGCACACAGGUGGUGUGGAAGUGGAGGUAGAAUCUUUGGAAGUCCUCAACGAGAUCUCUCCCAAGCUUCCCUUCCUACCCUCCACAAAGGGACUGGUUGUGACUGAAGAGCUGAGACUGCGGGAGAGACAGUUGGAGUUACGUACACCACACACUCAGCGUAACCUGAGACUGAGGUCUGAAGUUGCUAUGGCAAUGCGGGAGUACCUCGCACAUGAACAUGGGUUUGUGGAAGUUGAGACGCCAACACUUUUCAAGAGAACAUCUGAAGGUUCUAGAGAGUUCAUUGUGCCCACUAGGAAACCUGGCAAGUUUUACUCGCUAGCACAGAGCCCUCAACAGUUUAAGCAGUUGCUCAUGGUUGGAGGAAUCGACCGCUACUUCCAGUUUGCUCGUUGCUAUAGAGACGAGGACAUGCGAUCAGAUAGACAGCCAGAGUUCACCCAGGUUGAUCUGGAAAUGUCGUUUGUGGACAUGGAGGGUGUGAUUGGAAUGAUAGAGGGUCUCCUCUCCACCACCCUCACACAACUCACCCCACACCUCCACAUACCGCCCACUCCAUUCCCCAGGAUGACCUACAACACAGCUAUGGAAAAAUACAAGAGUGACAAGCCGGAUACAAGAGAGGACCGUUCGGAUUCCAGCACACUAAACUUUCUGUGGGUUGUUGACUUUCCUCUGUUCACAAGAAACAAGGACACACACAAAUUGGAGUCCACUCAUCACCCCUUCACAGCCCCUCAUCCCGACCACCAACAACUUAUCUACUCUUCCGAUCAGUCCAAACUAGAAAAUAUACGCAGUUUGCACUAUGACCUUGUUGUCAAUGGGGUGGAGCUUGGAGGAGGGUCUAUACGUAUCCACUCUGAGGAUCUACAGAGGGACGUAUUCAAGAAUAUUCUCAAAGUUCCGGUUGAAGAAUUCUCUCAUUUGUUGCGGGGACUGUCCUCCGGCUGCCCACCUCACGGAGGGAUCGCUCUAGGUUUUGAUCGCCUAAUGGCUGUACUCUGUCAGAGCAGCAGUGUGAGAGAGGUGAUAGCAUUCCCCAAAUCGUAUCAGAGCAAGGACUUGCUAACUGGUGCCCCCUCUAGUUUGGACAAACAGACAUUAGCAACUUAUCACAUAAUACCCAAAAACAAUUGAACAAUUCACAAAUGUGUUUCUAGUCUUAGUGUUGCUAUUUUUUUGUUGACUUCCUCAAUCUCUUGUUCCACUUUCGAUACGUUGUUGUUCACCUCUUGCAACUGUUGAAGAUGACGAAAGUUUGAUAAUUUUGUGG